CAGCAGGGCAGAGGACAGAGGGUCAGCAGGGCAGUGUACAGGGGUCAGCAGGGCAGAGGACAAGGAGUCAGCAGGGGAGGAGGACAGAGGUCAGCAGGACAGUGUACAGGGGUCAGCAGAGCAGAAGACAAGGAGUCAGCAGGGCAGUGUACAAGGGUUAGCAGGGAGGAGGACAAAGGACAGCAGGGCAGUGUACAGGGGUCAGCAGGGCAGAAGACAAGGAGUCAGCAGGGCAGUGUACAAGGGUUAGCAGGGAGGAGGACAAAGGACAGCUGGGCAGUGUACAGGGGUCAGCAGGGUGGCAGUCAGGGGUCA